AUGGGUCCUGCGCUUAUUCAUCGGUCCGACCAGGAGAACAGUGUGUUCAUUAUUGCCGUCGUUUUGGCUGCUGCCGCGGCCGCCCCGGAGCACAAGACGUCUCAUCACGUGGCACCGACCUACAAGCCAGCCCCCUACCACACGGCCCCGGCGUACAAGCCGACCCCGGCUCCCUACCAUCCUGCUCCGUCCUACAAGUCCGCGCCCUACCACCCGGCCCCGGCCUACAAGCCGAUCCCGUAUAAGGAGGAGCCCAAGCCGUUCGCCUACGACUACGCCGUCAACGACCAGUACACCGGCACCAACUUCGCCAAGAAGGAGGAGAGCGAUGGCCACAACACCCAGGGAUAUUACUCGGUGGCUCUGCCCGACGGCCGUGUUCAGCACGUCAAGUACGUCGCUGACCACUACGGCGGCUACAACGCUGAGGUCACCUACGAGGGAGAGGCCCAGUACCCCGAGUACCACCCCGCCCCUGCCUACAAGGCUACCACUCCGGCUUACAAGCCUGCCCACAAGCCUACUUACAGCCAUCCCGCCCCGGCAUACAAGGCUGCGGCGUAUUAGUCACCCGAUGAGAACGUUUGCCUAUUUAAACGUGUAAAUGUGUUGUUAUCAAGCUUUUCGUGACCUGACCUGCUCUGUUGCAAUACAGCG